AUGGAUGUACGGACGACCCGCUCCGACCGGCCAUUUCAGCGGACUUACAAGGCAUGUAUCCCUUGCCGGCAACGCAAGGCCAAGUGCGACCUGGGCGUGGGCCCAGACGGAUUACCGAUCGGCCCACCGUGUGCUCGAUGUCGCCGAGAGAUGAGGGAAUGCGUCUUUCCUGAAAAAAGAGCAUGGGAGAGAUCGCGCAAACACACCUACUCCGCUGAAGGGAAGGAUGAACAAUCUCCAUUGGAUACGGCCACCCCCGACCAUGCUCGCUCCGGGGAAACUAAGAAGCAAUGUGUGCAGAGUAAUCAUUCUCCAACCCAGUAUUCGGGCCCUGGCUCCUUCCAACCCGACUGGGCGAUGAAUGGGCCUCGGGCUUCCCUUCCACCAAGCCACAGCCCUCAAAUUAUCAGCCCCAGCCAGAAUGGCGAAAGAGCGAUGCCUCGCGGCAGCGCCUCACCUUACGCGCAUUCUGAGCAUCGAAACCGCUCAGAUUCGACCUUGGCAAGCACCAUGAUGCGCACGGUUGUCGCCAGCGGUAACGAUGCUCUGAACAUCUUGUUUGAAGCCGCGACGGCUCACAGUCAAGAAGAAGAGGCCUCUCGGAAGUCCCCUCUAAAGCAUGACAAUACUUCAAAUCAGAGGCAGAAUCAGCAAGCCUUGGGCUACGAAUCCUCGGCUAGUACCAUUCCGCCGUCCAGGGUAGCUGCGCCCGUCAAUCUUGUCGAGGCAAGCCAGGAGACCCUGAAGCUAUGGGCAAACUGUCGUUUCGUAAAGAUGGGCUGGUUCACAGCUCGGGAAGCUGUCACAUUCAUUGACUUCAAUCACUUCUGGCUUAUAUCCCGCGAGCCAGUCCUCUGUACCGCCAUCCUCAUGAUCUCUUCUCGGUACCAUAUUCUCCCUGGGGCAGGAGGGGAGUCGAGAAACUUCUUCAUACACCACCGCCUUUGGCAGCAGUGUCAGCAAAUGACCAUGCGGUUGGUAUUCGGUCAAGAGAAAUCCAUGAAGUCCAAAGUCCGCAGUCUGGGAACAGUGGAAGCACUUCUGCUUAUGGCAGAGUGGCAUCCUCGCUCGCUGCACUUCCCACCCGAGACGGAAGGCUGGGAUGAUGACUUAAUAUCGACAGGGCCCAACGUAUCGGAGUCUGCAGAAACCGCCGAUACAUCAGCCAACCGAUGGCUGGAAGACGUCAUUGAGCCUUCGCGGCGAUCGGAUCAAAUGUCGUGGAUGCUAUUGGGACGAGAAUGGGAGGAAGUUACCGAGCUGAAAGAGCAGAUGACUCUCCGUCGGCAGCGCGUGCAACGCUUACUCUAUGUUUAUAUCAACCAACUCGCCUGGCGCAUUGGCUGCAUGUCCCCCAUUCCGCAAUCCUUGAACCACGCCGUUCUGGGUGGGCGCAAACCGAGAGGGUUGAGCCAACCCGGGAGCACCUGGUUGGUGUUUAUGGAUUCAUGGAUUGAGUUGACGAAGCUCGCACACUCCAUAGCGGGCGCUACGGUGGGCCUGCUCGAUCACUUUCGGCCUCUUCUCAAUCAGUGGAAGGACCGGUAUCUCCAGCCGCAGCUGCUGGAUAACAUCUUCUACAACGAUCUCUUCAUCGAGUAUCACUUUGUGCGCGUCUACACCCACUCGGUCGGAAUGCAGGCUGUCGUUGAGCGAGCCGCGGCAGAUGCGGACGCCAGCUUGGACGAGGUCCAGCCGAUGGCCAUCGACCCGACCGACUACGAAUACAUCCAGGAGGUCAUUGAUGGCUGCUGCCAAAUCCUCCAAAAAGUCACCCAACUCGCCGAGACCGGCCUCCUGCGCUUCUCCCCUCUGGGCACUCGCGAAACCACCUUCCGGGACUCCCUGGAGAUCCUCGAAAAAAGCAUCGUCGCCCUUCGGUCCAAUGCGCUGGACGAUGUGCAUUUGAGUACUCGGUAUGCCACUCUGCUGGAGAUCCAUGUCUCUCGCAUGCGACGCAACCUGCUUGUCUCAUCCAAGGUCUCCAAAGUCCGAGAUGCGACGCAUGCGUCCAUGGGGCCCCCUCCAUGGCCCGAGGCGCCCGAUCGCCCCAGUCGGAUGAACACUCCCCUGUCGCAAGACCUAGCCCCCGAUUUGAGCUUCAUGCCCACCGGCGAGAUCUCGGACGAUUGGCUUGCGCUUCCCUUCGACCCCUCCAUGGCGCCCUUUGGCAUGGGACAUGGCGGUCAAUUCCCGAUCGCCGAGGGCGGCGGUCUGGAUUUUAUCUGGAACUUACCAUCCUAA